UUUAAAAUUUUUUGAUUAUAUCUAACGUAAAGAGUUAUGAUGAUUGUAUAAAUAAACUUUGCUCAUAGGCCUACGUUGUUGCUUUUUCAAUGGAUAUUAGAAUCGGAAUUGAUAAUGACUCUAAACCAAAUAAAAAUACUCUCCGAAAGGAUAAUAACCAGGCAAUACGUGUCCUGUACUACGAUAUUAGCAAAUAUAGUAAUACAAAUCAGUUUUUUAUCUGCUGUGCUGGUGUGUUCGCAUUUUACCUGAUCUAUGGUUACUUGCAGGAGCUCAUUUUUACUCUAGAAGGCUUCAAACCAUAUGGGUGGUACCUAACCUUAGUCCAGUUUGCAUUUUAUACGAUAUUUGGAUUCGCUGAGAGUAAUCUCAAUGGUGACACAACAAGGCACAUUCCAAUGAAGAACUACAUGCUGUUGGCGUUACUUACUUUGGGUACAAUGGGAUUUUCAAAUUCAUCCUUGGGUUAUUUGAACUACCCUACUCAGGUAAUCUUCAAAUGCUGCAAGUUGAUCCCGUGUCUGAUCGGGUCCAUUAUCAUCCAGCAGAAGAAAUAUGGCAUGCUGGACUAUCUCGCUGCCGCCUCCCUCAGUUUUGGCCUUACGCUCUUCACUCUAGCUGACAGCAAGCUCUCGCCCAACUUUAAUAUCAUUGGUGUGGGGAUGAUCUCCUGUGCCUUGGUGUGUGAUGCAGUCAUUGGGAACGUCCAGGAGAAGUCUAUGAAGACCCACGGAGCUUCCAACACUGAGGUUGUUCUCUACUCGUACGCCAUUGGCUUUGUCUACCUCCUGGCAGCCAUGUUGGUAUCUGGCACUCUCUGGGCUGGCUUCGCCUUCUGUGCCAGGCACCCAGUGGUCUACCUCUAUGCUAUGCUGUUCUCAGUGACAGGAUACCUAGGUAUACAGAUAGUGCUGACUCUCGUACAGACGUGUGGUGCUUUAGUAGCAGUCACUGUGACCACAUGUCGCAAAGCUGUCACUAUCAUUCUAUCAUUCCUGUUCUUCGCCAAACCAUUUACAUUCCAGUAUGUCUGGUCGGGCUUACUUAUUCUACUUGGCAUUUACCUCAAUGUCCUCAGUAAAAACAAAAGUUUGACGCACAACCUGUCUAGAGAACUCUGGCGUUUAAUUGGACGCUUCCGCCGAGACAGAAGAACAUUACUUACAUCCUCUGUCUAAGACUUCUGUGAUAGACUGUUAUUUAAUUAUAGAUUUAUUCCUAUUAAGUUUAAGUCUUGAAUAGAAAGUUUGAAUUUACAGUUUUCAAUCUAUGACUAAAGAAAUUUAGAAGCUGUAAAUAACAAGAACAAUUAUUUUAUCUACUUCUUUUAUCUAUUUGUUGUAAAAUAAUUUGUUUGCUAUGAAUUAUUUUAGUUUCAAUGGUGUAAAUGCAGACCGAGAACAUUACAAAACUUCUAAAGAAUAACAAGAUCAAUUAUGUUACCAACUGUACUUAUUUGAUUUGUUUUUGAUUUUGACAAUGAAUGUUGGUUUUACUAGUUUCAUACUAAAUACCGGUGCUUUACAAACUGCUAUAAGUAGUAGGAUCAAUUAUUCCCUACUUAGUUUGUCUAUUAUUAAAUGUUUGCAAUAAAUCUAGUUAGGCACUAGUUUACCCACACUAAAUACUCUAUAAGAAUUCUGUAAAUAGCCAGAUCAAUUCUUUAUGUUAUCUAGAUUUAUUUCCCGCAUCAAAUUUUACUUUUACUAGAUUAUACACAAAGUUGCCUUUUGCUAUUUUAUUGGUACACACUUUAUAGUUUUCAACUACUCCAUAUAACUGUUUAUGGGUAUUAAGCUAUAAAAAAUAAGGCUAAAGUAGUCUAAUCUUUGUAUAUAGUGAAACACUGUAGUUAGAAACCUGUACAUACAGGUAUAGUUACCUUCUAGAAAGUGUGUGUAUUUAAUAUUGAUAAGAUUCUGAGUGAAUUAUUUCUGAAUUAUAAUGGUGAUUGUGGGGGAAAAUGUAUGGUAAAACCAAUACUCUUUGAAUUCUUGAAAGCGCGACUGAUCAACAAGUUUUUUGUCAUGUUACAUGUAAAUUAUUAUUAGUUCAUAGUGACCAGCAAACAAUUAUGUAUCUAAUGGUCAUGAGCAGGGCCGAACUUACCUAGGGGCGGACGGGGCGAGCGCCCGGGGCCCCCGGGCCUAGGGGGGCCCCGGAAGGGGCCCCUUGCACAGUAGUUGUUAUUAAUAUCUUCGAAAAUUAAUCAGACACUUAUCGAAUGGCCUUCUUUUUUAACAGGUUUAUUGUCAUUAUCCUAUAUUUAAGGUUACUGUUCCAAAAUUCUUGACUCUAAGGGACUUUUCCUCAGGGUUGCACUGGGCCCCACGCUUUUAGACCAGGUCCGUGAAGUUGGCGUACCCAUAUUAGCGUAUCCACUUUUGAUCAUACCAAUCGUUAGUUCAUCGUUAGUU